CAGGUUGCCCAUGUUACUCAGACACACUAAACUACACAUCAUGUAACAGUACGUCAUUCAGAUGUCCGUGCAGAACACGGUAUGAUGUAACAUAUAAAUGUCAACCAUGUCAGUGCAAUCAACAUGGGUCAACCAGCCAAGAAUGUGAUAGUUCUGGCAUGUGUUCAUGUAAACCGGGUGUGGGCGGAGCUAAAUGUGACAGAUGCCUGGAUCAUUCUCAUUGGUGGAAUGGAAAGCAUUGUAGGUCAUGUGACUGCUAUGAAUAUCUUGACAAAUGCAAGAAUAUCAACGGUACAACAAACCAGAUGUGUAUAACCUGUUCAAGCGUACCAAACUUCACGUCAACAUGUGACGCCCUCUGUGGUCCCGGCCUAUACAGGGACAGCAACGGAACAUGCACAAAGUGUGCAGACUGUAAGAAAUCAAGCAGUAAUUCAUCAACGACAAACACACCGGCGGAAUGUCAGAAAUUUACCGAUUGGUGUGUUCAGAGGUGUUCUUACAGCGGAUCUUCACAGUCUCAACACUGCAGAUCAUGUCACAGAGCAAGUUCAGUAUGGAACUGCACUAGAAUAAAAUCGCCUGGUGAACAACCCGCACAGGCCGGCAGUGGGAACAGAGCCUUUAAGAACUACUACAUCUAUGUGGCAGCUGGAGGGGGCGCUCUUCUAUGCACAGCCCUGAUCUCCACCAUCAUCUUUGUCAAGAAGAGGCAGAGCUUACAGAAGCCAGUGAUGCCGCUAUGGACGAUCGAGCUUAAGCAAGAUGAUCAGGUCUCGUUUACGGACUAUAAUGAUGUUGAUGUGAUGUAUUUGGACGAUUCUUAUCUGAUGGAACCCUCUGAAGUCUUUACAACGUCAACAGACAGUAUGGAUGAGAGAAUAGGAUACAAGACACUGAGCUGAGAUCAAGCUCAGACCAUAAACAUUUAAAACUUGCUUUCUUUUAUACAUAUUGAUC